UAAGGCCUCGUGGCUCAUGUGAAUUGAUGAAACCGUAUUAGUCACUCUCCUGACAUUGUAGAAAGAACAUGGUUGGGUUUUGCUCGUAGGGCUGACGAGGUUUUGUUUUUAAAAUAUCAGCAGUCUGUACUCGAUCCACCAGUCAUCGCAACUCUAAUGAACCUUUAUACUGUAACAUAUACAGUGUAUAUGACAAAAUCUUGGUUAUACCAUUUUGUUAUUUUCUAUGCGAUGAUCUUUGUUUAGCUACAAAGAGAAAAUACUUGCACCAUUUUAAAGCUCCCUCGGAUGAGUGACGAACAAUAUUCUGAAAGAGACAACGAUCAAAAGCGCCUGGGAAACUGUAUUCGUUAGAGUUUGAGCAGGCGGCAGCUGGAACGCACAUUCAAUAUCCUCAACAUAUUCUCAGCAUUGAUCUUGGAUUAUACUGAAUGAAGCCAAGCUCAUCACAAACUUUUGUUGGCAUUUCUCCACGAGCACGCUGUACAGAGCAACCUUGCUGGCUGGAACCGGAGCGAGUGAGACAAGGGGGAGGCAGUCCGCUCAAGGAGUGCCGCGGUUUCCCCGUGUCAUUGGCAGCGUAACAUGGCGCAGCAUGAAGACGCAGAUUUUACAAACACUGUUACAUAUCAUCAUUAUCUGGUGUCUUAGCAUACAGGAAUCAGUCCAAUUAGCUUACGGUAACAACUUCGAAAGAGGAAUGACUGGACUGGACCGAAACAACAGCGUAUCAGCACCGAUACAUCUUCAGUUGUAUAAUCGAAACAGUAAUAAGCACUUAAGGAUACAAGAGAGAGAUAUAGACGCAAUGGGAGAGGAUGGAGAAGCCUACGCAAGAAUUAUAAUCCGGACAGACUCGUUUGACGGCUGGAUAACAAUACAGGGAGAGGAGAGCCAAUAUUAUCUGUGUAUGAACAAAAAAGGAGAUGUCGUAGGACGGAAGAAGCUCAAGAUGACCUCUGGAGUAUGUUGCCUCUUUACAGAAACCAUCGUUGAUGAUUACACCGAGUUUAAACCCGUUCAGCGUACGGAGAUGUAUUUGGGGUUUAAUAGGGAUGGCGGAGCAGUGAGUGCUCGUUAUAGGACUCGAUCGGGUGCCAGGGCAUUCCAAUUCUUAAAACGCCCCCUUCCUGAAGACAGGCCCCCAGAUGACGAGUCACCUGAACCCUAUUCAUGGGUACACCUAUUAAUACAAGCGAACACAGAAUCUUCCAAGGAUAAAACAGACAGCUGAUGAAUAUUCAGGAGUUUGAAACACGUCACGCAUCGUCCGCCUUGCCACGGACCCAGAACUAGCUUGUGUAAGUUUAUGUAUAUAAAGUGUAACAAUAUUUUUAUAUGAAGAUUGGUAAUUUAUAUCAUUGUAAAUUAAUAUUGUACCAAAUGACUUCGAAGAAGUAUUUAUUUAUUACGCUGGCUCGGUUGACGAAAAGACGUGGUGACACUUGGUGGACUUAUUUGGAAUGUAGGACGGACGCAGUAUGGAUCUAUAGGGGCCUCCCUUCUUUUUGUGACAUAUUGGUGCGAAGCUGGAGACAUGUUUAAUAAUAAACUUCACAUCCAGUCCUUUGUCCGUGAUGACUGCUUGGACUUCGACCAUCUUCCGCGACUCACUGCCAAACACGGACAGAGACAGCCGCACGGUAAACACAGGCUGCGUCUGAAUCAAGCGGCUACGGCUUUGACUCCGGCUGUUUGUUGCAACCACAACGUUAAAGAAUGGACGUUAGGCGUUCCCACCAUAACCAGGACUGAAGCCAUCAAUUCGGAGUCGGCUAUACAAUUGCUGAGAGGUUCUACGGUAUUGGAAUGUUUAAGAAUCCGACAUAGUGAUUUAGUGAAUGGAUACCAAGCUCAUUUACAUGGUAUCCUCAUGUUUAAAGACAUUGGAAAAUGGACGAUCCUGGUUGUUACAUUUAGGCUAGAGGUAUCUCAUAUUCAGCGUAUUAUAGUUUCCCUGUCAUCGCCACAUGCGCUUGAAACAAAGUCAUUCUCGACGAAAUUUGUUACUGCGGGACUCAGGCAGGCUCUGCGUCACGUCCACCUCCUUGAUUCAAUUAAACUGCUACUUUAUCAACUCACAUAGCAUUCCUUCGUCUUUUUCUUGUUAUAGAGGGAAAAUAUUGCAUGAAAUUUUCAAAAACUUGUAGUCCUUCAUGUAAUGACCAGGUGACAAUUUUGCAGCAGUUUUCCACAGGGCCCAAUUUUUUAAAGCUGAUAAGUAGGAAAAUAAAAUUUGUUACCAGUAAAAAACAACAUACAUUUCAUUGUUAUUUAGCUGGUAACCUGUUUUGACCCAGUAAAUUCUUACUGUUCACUGUUUACAUUAAGUUUUGCCCAAUACGGCUUAGCCAGGUAUUCUUUAUUCCUACUCAAACAAAGUAUAUAUCUUCUCUUUACGUUAAGCUGUAUAUUAAUUAUAUCAAUGGUUAUUAAUAAAUAGGGAGUAAUCAAAUCUGAAUAAAAAUGUGCUCAUUUUAUAUCCCAAAUUAUAUGUAAGUUAAAGUUGUUUUCUUAAAUACUUUGGUUGAACUUCCGGAGUGUAAUUUCAAACGGUCCAGGGAAUUAUUGUUUGGGGAAAAGCGAAAAACAAAGAAGUAAAUGUUGGCACAUGUUGGGGGACACCAAUGAAAAUGUGUGUGCGUAUAUGUAUCUAAUAAUAUGACCAUGUAUACAUGUAACUCUAAUACCAGUGUUUUACUGGAAUCUAAUAGAAAACCCCCUCAAAUUACACAUGAUAUUUUGUUAACAUUGUGUAGAACUACUGGUAAUACUGCCAUUUCAUCAUUUGGUUCACACUGCUGACAUCGAUCAUGAAUAUUGCAGCUUAAUGGAAAGCAAAUCAGACCAACAACAGUUAUUGUCAUUUAUAUCAGGAAGUUCUUUAUAAUUAAACAUUAGGGAUUUAUCGAGACAGUUUGACUAGGAAUGAUGUUGGUGUUGUUGUUUACCACAUCAAACUACUCGAAAACAAAUGAUGUAUAAUGAGACAAAUUCAUUCCAAUCCGGUGCUGUAUGUUAGAGGUUAGUGGGUUUUAAGGAUUGAGUUAUCGGUUCGUGCACACUACAGCCAUUGACAUCCUUAGAGAUGUUUUGUCCAAAUUUUGAAUCAAAUCUGACUUUGUGUUACAUUUUUAAAAAAGAUUUCAAAAUGAAAUUUCACAUUCCUCAUGAAGUAAUAGUUUCACUAUAAGGUGGUGGCCAGUUCGUUGAUACAACGUAAACAAGAAACCAAGAAAAUGAAAUGGUACAUGGCGAUACCAUUGUCGUUCCAACUACAUGUAUUGUUUCAAGAGUAAUGCCUUAGAAGGGGUUUUAUGAACGUUUUCCAAAAACAUGCAUAUUAAACUCGGGCCAUCGGUUUCUUAAGUGUAACUUUGUUCAAGUCUCUCAUCCCACAUCCCUCACCCUGCAUGAUUUUGUGAUAUCAUGUUGUUCCAAUUUAGCGUGGCUAAUGUCAGGCAUGACUCUCCUGACAGUGAGCAGAACUACAUUGUCUUCUGGUGUGUAGUCGCAGACCAAAUAGAAGUCCAGUAUUCCCAUCGGAUGGUCGUGAUUUCCGAAAGACCUGUCAAGGGAGAGGUCAUGACCUGGAACAUUGGGGCUUACCUCCCCCAACGGUAACAAGAAAUGGCUUUUCGAUACCAGUAAAUUGUCUGGUCUCUUCCGCACACUAAGUGUUUGAUUGAUAUAUGCUGACAUUGUGGUUUCAGGUGUUGCAGCGGAAUAUGUGUCAUCAUGACGGUGACAAAUCAAACUUUAGAAUGUUUGGGUUUUUCGAUAUCAGCAAUUAACAUCUUUAUCAAAUUGAUAGAUAUCAUCAUUUUUGUUGAAAAUUGAAGACUUGUUAUGCUGUUUUGUACUUGAGAAAAGUAUUUUGAGAAUUUUCAAUAUUUAUGAAACUGUAUCAUGUUGUAAUCAAUAUCAUGUCACCUGUUACCAAAUGAAAAAUGUUUCUAGAUGUACCGUUAUGUAAAAAGAAAAUGGAAUUAUAUCAAAUGCAUCUAUAUACCGUCAACCGUUAAUAGUAUAUAGGUGACGUGCGCAAGGGUGGCUGUCGCUUCAUUAUAGCUGUCUUGUCGCGAGGGCUAGUGGACCUCAUGUUGCUUGGUGUAUUCAAAUGAUCAUGUGCCUAGUUCAUACUGAAAGCGAAUGCGAUAUACGAAUUUUGCCGUCACAUUUUCGCAACGAAUAAUUCGCAGCAGUAACUGGUGGUCAUACUCAUGCGAAACAGUUGCUGCGAAAACGGCCAUGUGACGUCAAAACUCGUAUCGCAUUGGCAUUCGCAGGAAGUAUGAACCGGGCUUCACUGGAACAAAAACACGUGGAUUUUGGCUUUAUAAUGUAACUAUACGUGUGCUGUUUACGAAGACGCAUGCAUGGUGUCAGUAUUAUGUUGACCAAUCAACGUUGAUGUUAAGUGUGACUGAGGAACAAUUGUCUUUAGUACACUGUACAUGAUUGGUCGACAAUCUGUCUAAUUGGUUUAUUGUGCGUGACUGCUAUUAUAAAAUAGAUGUUACAAAUCAAUGAAAUUAAAUUUACAAAUCUGUCUAAAACUUGAUUCAUGUGUAUGCUUGUUCCUAUCGCAAAUAAUGGAAUGGAGUAUUGUUCAGUAUCUACAGGUAUAUAAAAUGAAGUUGAUGUUAUCGUAAGGUUUGUGCCAAACAUGUUGCUAAAUCUUUAUCUACAUUUUGGACAUAGGCUUAACCCUUUAUGUAAACUGCGUUCGUGUAAAUUAAACAUCAUAUUGUAAUAUUGUAUAAUCUCUAUUGUCGCCAUCUUGGUUAUGCUAUCUUGUCGGCCUAUAUACUCAUGUUCUAAUUGACUAGACAGAUGAGUUCUGGAAGACUGGUAUAAGACCAAGGUGGCUACACUACGAGAAUAGGUCAAUAACGACGCACCUUUGAUCACAAAUCAGGCAAAAAUAAAACAAUACCUACCCACUGUAUGAUCAACUGUGGUUUAUAUUGUAUAACCAUAAUUAUAAAAGAAGAGUUGUUGGGCGAUACCAUACUGAUGGUGCUGAAUAAAAUUGUUGUCAAUUAAUUUAA